AUGCUUCUUUCUGCCAUCCCGUCCCUUCUGAGGGGCCAUUCUUUGCACCUAGUCGAUAGGAUAGCAAUUAAGCAAGGUCUCUUUGUAUCUGCUUUUUCACCAUCUGGCAAAGAAAAGGAACGCAAUGGUUCCCUCCUGAUAUCCAGCGCCAAUACCAUCUACUUUCAUCUGCCAUCUUUAGAAAAGCCUCAUCAAACUGUUUAUGGAAUAUCUUGCUAUCGUCAGAUGAAUGCACAGAAUCUGAUAAGGCGAAGCUCUGACAUUACUAGAGAAACUGUUCAAAAAAGUGUUUGUGUAAUUAGUAGAGUUCCUUUAUAUGGGUUAAUUCAAGCCAAGUUAGAAUUAAUUACACAUGCUUAUUUUGAUGAAAGAGAUUUUAGUAAAGUAUCACUUUUGGAGGAAACUUUCAAGAAUUUGAAUAGUUCUCUUCCCAAAGACUUUUCUGAUGGCCAACAAGCAUUUUUAGGACUUUCUGUUAGAGAUUUUGUACUCAGGUUCAAGCACAAAACUCUACUUCUGUUUAAACUUCUUUUACUAGAACGAAAAGUUUUAUUUUAUAAAGCACCAGUUAAGAAUCUCUGUUCAACUGUCCUCACACUUUGUUCUCUGGUUCCUGGAAUGAUUGAGAAAGGUCUUAGUGAAGCCGCUACAUCAUUAUCAUCUCGAAACACUCCUAUAUUAACUGUCAAUGAUAAGGAUGAUUACAUGGAAAUAUCAUAUAAGGACAAUAAUAAUGAUACAUGUAAUGCUAAUGAUUUAGAUAGCCAAUGUUCGAAUUCUUCAAAUAUUAAGCACGAAUCUGAUUCAUAUAGCAUUCGUGGUGAUGCAAAUUGCAAUAACAAUGCUUCUGUAACUGUGAUAUCACAUAGCAUACCUGAAGAAAAAGAGGUACAUGAGAAAUCUGAAAAUCUUAAUGAAUUAAAAUGUAAUAUUCCUAGACCUAAGUCAUUAACAACAAAAAAAUUAGGCUUUGUAGACUCUGAAACCUCUAGCAAAGGUUCCAGUCAAAACAGUAGUGAUACUGAAGCUGACAGUUGGGUUAAAGUCAAUCAUAUUACACCUGAUAUUGGUUCUAGUGCCACUAGCAUCACUUCGUCUACAGGUACCGAAACUAAAGUUAAUGAUGAGGAUAAAUUGAUUCAUGCCAUCAAUGAAUUACUUGAAGGGGAUGACAAAACCAAGUUGGAUAACUCUUCACUCGAAUUUCAGGAUGACUCAAAUUAUUCAAAACAGGAAACACAGUUGAUUGGGAGUGUUAUUCCUGCCAUUAAUGAUGGAAUUUCAACCAUAGUUUCUUCACUUCGUGGAAGCAAAUCAUCUGUAUUGCCAUCUGCUACAUCAGUGCGGACUGAUGAUAGUUCUGAAGUGAGACGUUGGAGUGCAUCAAAUUCUCAGAGCCAAAAGAGUGAUUCUGCAGACUCUCCGAAAAAUUUAGUAAAUGUCAUAGAUAUUGAAUCGGAUGAAUGUGGCCUACCACUAUGUAUAUUCACUAAGGGUAUGCUUUGCCAUCCAUAUUUAUCCCUGCCUUUCUUAGACAUUUUGAGUGAUCUCUGUGUUCGUGGUUUUCUUGUUGGAGCAACUAAUAUUUUAUUCAAACAGAAAAAACAGUUAUUUGAUGUAAUUGUUGAGGUUGAAGAUGGUAAGAUAGAGAUUUUAGAUCCUGAAUUAAAAAAACAGCUGAAUCUAACUACUGAAGAUCUGAGGUUUGCUGACCACUUAGUUCGUCAUGUCAUGGAGGACAGGCAAGAUGUAUUCUUAGAUGGCACUGGUUGGGAAGGUGGUGAUGAAUGGCUGAGGUCACAGUUCAAAUUAUAUCUUUUAAGUGUUAUGAGGACAUCUGAAAUUGAAGCUGGUGGAAGAGAAGGAGAAUCAUUUAAUGUUAAUUUUCUUAAUGCAUGGAAAUCAACUCAUAAUUAUAAGAUGUGGAGUAGUUCCAGUCAUUUGGGUAUUUUAGAAGUUAAUCCUGGUCAUCCUUUUCAGGGUCAACUGAGCAUGGCUGAUAUGAAAUUAAAGUUUUCACAGUAAGGCUGUUUUCUGUUUAAUUUUUAAAAUAU